CGCGCGCUGGCGCAUCCCUGCCCGGGGUGCCAUCGCUGCGAUGCCCGGGGCUGGCCCGGCCGCCGGGGCGCACCGCCCGCAAUCGGAGUACCCCGAGGAGCUGCCCUCCCAGGAGGACCUCCUCCUGGCAGCUGCCUAUGUCUCUGAUGCCCAGUACAACCGGAAUGUUCCAUUUGAAACAUCCCCUCAGGCCAUCAGACUUUACUACUUUUAUAACCACUGGACAAUGAGAGCAGCCACAUACUUCUUUAUUUGUGUAGACCUUUCUCUUGCCCUGUUUGAGGAACCAGCUUUGUUCCCACUGCCAUUCUUGGCCACCUCGCUAGCAGAAGUGCUCUGCCUCACUGCAUUCUUUGGGAGACUGGUACAUUUUGCAAAAAUCACUCCUCAAAUGGUUUUCUGGAAGGAUACAAAAAACAUCUGCAUCAUGGUAACCAUUGUGCUGACCUUGAUGGACCUGAUUAUCUAUGGGUCCCUGGAAACUCUUCACAUCAGCAGCAUUCGAUGGUCAAGGGCAUUAAGGCCAGUCUUCCUAAUUAACUUUCCUGAUAGUCGUCAGAUACGAAGGGCUUUUCGAAGCAUCCGGAAUACUCUUCCUGACAUUCUCUAUGUCUUUCUCCUGUUUCUGUUCAGUAUGCUCAUUUUCUCCCUCAUGGCCUUGAAGCUUUUUGGAGACAGGGGACUGAAGACAGCAGAAGGUGAUCCCUACUUCACAAACAUUUUAGAUAUAGCCUUUGAGCUAUACGUGCUGGUCACUACUGCCAACAGUCCCGAUGUCAUGAUGCCUGCCUACAACUUCAACUGGUGGUACUCUUUGUACUUUAUUACCUACAUCAUCAUCAACACCUACAUCUUCAUGUCUGUCUUUCUGGCUGUGGUCUACAACAAUUACCGGAAGCACUUAAAGAAUGAGAUUCGCAAAUUGGCAUACCUAAAACGUCACAAAAUGAUCGAGGCAUUCAACAUUCUUAAAGUCAAGGUGGGCCCGGAGUUUGUGGUGAAGGAGGCUGUGUGGAAACAGCUGGCAAAGGUGGUGGUGCCAGACAUCAGCAGCUCCCACCUGGAGCUACUUUUGAGGAUCUCUGAUGAGGGACAGAAGGGGCACGUGGACAAAACGAACUUUCUCCGCCUGGCUGACCUCCUCAACAUCCAGGUGGUCACCAUCAACAUCAAGAGACAUCCGCUGGAAGCCUGGCUGCCACGGGUGUACCAGUCGUCUGUCAGUCUCCUGGUCCAGAGGAUGGUUCGGCACAGGAUUUUCAUCUGGGUUUAUGAUGUCAUCAUCUUAAUCAAUGCCAUAUUCAUCGCCUUGGAUGAGAAAAACCCCUUAAUUUCCUACGUGGAAUGGCUUUUCCUCUCUCUCUAUGUGGUUGAGAUUCUCCUGAAGCUGUACACGUACGAGCCCAGGGCCUAUUUCGGAAGAAAGCAGUUUUGGAACUGGUUUGACAUGCUGAUCAUUAUUGCGGCCCUGCUGGCCACGGUGGCCAAUGCCACUAUUCAGUCAGCAAGAAAAUACAACAGUCAGCAGAUACUGGACAUUGUCUUGAUAUUGAGGAUACUGCGUCUCCUGAGAGUCAUUAUCAGCAUUCAGAGAUUCCGAGUGAUAGUGACCACUCUAAUUAACAUUGGCCCUACCAUGCUGACGUUCGGAGGACUUGUGUUUGUGGUCUACUAUGUAUUUGCCAUCAUUGGGAUGGAAGUGUUCCAUGACAAAGUUCGAUUCUUUGGCCCAAAUUUCACCACUCCUGAUGCCUUGGUGUGUGGAAACCCAGUACUAAAGGGGUCAGCAUUUGCCCAAGACCGGUAUUGCAGAAACAACUUCAAUGAUCUAGCCUCCUCUUUCAUCCUGCUGAUGGAGCUCACGGUGGUCAAUCAGUGGCACGUCCUGGCCAGUGGCUUUGCCCUUGUGACUCACCAGGCCGCCAAGCUGUAUUUCAUCUUGUUCCACAUCGUGGUCGUCAUUCUCAUCAUUAAUAUUUUCAUAGCAUUCAUCUUGGAGGCCUUCUUUGUGGCGUAUUCACUAGAGAAAAGUGAGAUCGAAACGGCCAUUGAGAAGAAGAUUCAAGAGCUUGGAGUGGGAAUCCAAGAGGAUGACACGCAGGAUGGAGUGCUCACUGACAAUGUGGAUGCCAAUGACAGCAGCAUUUGUGGAGGUGAUGGAGACAGCAGAAGGCAAGGCUUGAAAGGACUAUACUGUAGGAUUGCAUCAAAAAAGUACAGAACUGUGGACGCCUUGCUGCAGAGGAUGUUUGAGUCUGAAAUUGCUCCCGAUGAUGAAGGUCCCUCCCUGAAUGAGAUUUUGAAUUUCUCACCCAGUGACAUAUAUCCCAGGAAUCCCAAUUUUGAAAACAGUGCCUGAUGGUGGGCUCUCAGGGAGUCACAACCAGAAACCAAACUGCAUCCAUUUUCCCAUAUGCCAGCUGGAGGUGAGCUGUACAGCCAGCUCCCUCGAUGUGUGGAUAAGCCUAUGAAUUGGCUUCACCUGUCUGAGAGGUUGGCCAAGUGGUGUGGGGAGCUGUCUUAGUGUAUCCUGCCUCAGGUCACUCUUAGGUCUGAUCAUGAAAGUAAAUACAAGAAAACUGAUAUAUAAAAGAAGUGCCUGAUCUGCCCGUAUCUGUGUGGGACAUUUCUCCACUGGGUAUAUAAAAGCUUUUUCAUUUAUUUUUAUAUGAGAUUUUGCUAUUCUAUUAAACUAAUAUUGUGUUAAACAAAUGAACUUUGAGUAUUUGAAUAUUAUAAA